UGGAGCAGGUGUGUAGGGAGCGUGAUAAGGCGAAAGCUGAUCUGGAUCAGUCUGACCUCAGGAACCUGCAGCUGAUCAGAGAGGUGGAUGAUCACCACGCCACCAUGGAGACACUCAACCAGACCAGGAUCAGGGACCUGGAGCAGGACUUCCGUGAUCGUCUAACGGCUCUUCGCAGCCAAUCAGAGCAGGAGAGCGACGCUCUGCUGCAGCAGGUGGAGAGGGAGCGCCGCGCUCUGCGGGACGAGCUGCAGCUGCUGCGAGCGCAGGAGGCGGAGCUACAGGAGGAACUCUGCAGUGCCACGCAGGACAACAGCCGUCUGGAGGAGGAUCUGAGGGCUGUGAAGCUGAAGCUGACUGAAGCAGAGAGCUCUGUCAGCAGACUGCAGACUGACCUGAACCAGCUGCUGAACCACAAGUUUGGCGGUUUGGACGCAGCGGGCGGCGGUCUGACGCAGGAGGAGCGAUUCUCUGAGAUCGUCAAAGAGUACGAGCUGCAGUGCAGGGAGCUGCGGGACAGAAACGACGAGCUGAGUUCGGAGUUGGAGCUGCUGAGGACUCAGAGGAGCGACAGGAAGUCCAGACGAGCUGACGGAGACGACAUCGCCGCCGCUCUGAGCUGGACUCAACAACGAGCCGCCGGCACCGAGUCAGACUCUGGUAACACACAGUGUGUGUGUGUGUGUGUGUGUGUGUGUGAGGGGGCGGAGUCUGAG